AUGAAGACCGCCCAGUUCUGUGUCCUUUUCUGUUGCUGGAGAGCAAUGUGCAGCGUGGGCUGCGGGCUGACCAACAUCACCAUCGCGGUGGAGAGGGAAGAGUGCCGCUUCUGUGUCAGCGUCAACACCACCUGGUGUGCGGGCUACUGCUAUUCCCGGGAUCUGGUGUACAAGGACCCGGCGAGGCCCAACCUCCAGAAAGCAUGUACCUUCAAGGAGCUGGUGUAUGAGACUGUGAGAGUGCCCGGCUGUGCUCACCACGUGGACUCCCUGUACACCUACCCUGUGGCCACCGAGUGUCACUGUGGCAAGUGUGACAGUGACAGCACCGACUGCACUGUGCGAGGCCUGGGGCCCAGCUACUGCUCCUUCCACGAGGUGGAGUAA